AUUUUAAGGGGACUUUUUGAAGGUGGCGACCAGAGAGGGGAACCCGGACCGGACCCCUGCUUUGGCUUCAACCAUCCGGCUGGGAAGUUACCAAAUACAAAUACUUCCCUUCUCUGCUUCAAGUACAUUUUCCAGAUGAUGUCCCUGGUCCAGCGAGUGUUCCUGUCGUGGAUCUUCGGCCUGAUCUUCCUGAUCAUGCUGGUGCUCAAGCUGGACGCCAAGGUGCCCUGGAACUGGUUCCUCAUCUUCCUGCCCGUGUGGACGCUGGACGCCGUCCUGGUCCUGCUGCUGCUGGUCAAGCUGGCGGGCCGGUGCGAGGCCGAGGCCGAGGCCCGGGACGGCGAGCCGGGCCCGGCCCGCCGCCUGUGCUACGUGGCGGCCGUGGGGCUGAAGGCGGCCUUCUGCCUCAGCCUGUGCUCGCGCUUGGAGAGGCUGACCGACGUGUGGCUCAGCGUGGUCUGCGUGCCCCUCUGGGUCCUGCUGGGCGGCGCCCUGGUGGGGCUCGGGCGAGGGGUCUUCGGCCCCCGCCGGCGCUGAACGUGGCCGGUUCUUCCUUGCUCUUCAUACCGCGGGGAAACUCAAUGGACUGAUUUCUAGGACCAUUUUUAGGAAUUUUGACCUCCAGUUUUUUUUUUUUUUUUUU